CCCGCCCCGCCCUCCCCGCCGGUGCCGCCGCCGGGGCGCUGGCGGGGGGGGCUCGCGGGUCCGCAGCGCCGGCCGGAUGAUGUCGGCGCUGGAGUGGUUCGCGCACAAGCCCCUGGGCGGCGGUAUCUUUUGGAUCCAGGAACGCUUUUACGAGUCGGGCAACCGGGCCAACAUCUGGCUGGUGCGGGGCUCGCAGCGAGACGUAGUGAUCGACGCGGGGCUGGGGCUACGCAGCCUGCCUGACUACCUGCGUGACGCCGGGCUGCUGGCGCCGGCUGAGGGCGCCGGGCCGCGGCCGCUGCUGGCCGUGGCCACCCACGUCCACUUCGACCACUCGGGCGGGCUGCAGCACUUCGACGAGGUGGCGGUGCACAGCGCCGAGGCGGCGGCGUUACUCCAAGGCGACAACUACGAAGCCGUGACGUGGCUGUCGGACCGGGAGGUGGCGAGACCGCCGCGGCCUGGCUGGAGCGCACGGCAGUUCCGCGUCCCGCCCGUCCGGCCCAGUCGCCUGCUGCACGAGGGGGAUGUGAUCAACCUUGGAGAUCGACAGCUCACUGUCAUGCACAUGCCUGGUCAUUCACGAGGCAGUAUUUGCUUACAUGACAAGGACCAGAAGAUUUUGUUCAGUGGAGAUGUGGUGUAUGAUGGAUCUAUGAUCGAUUGGCUUCCUUACAGCAGAGUCAGUGACUACAUUGCAAGCUGCCAGCGCCUGAUGGAGUUAGUAGACAGAGGUCUUGUGGCAAAGGUACUACCUGGGCACUUUAACAUAUUUGGAGCAGAAAGGCUGUAUUGGUUAGCUUCCAACUACAUUUCCCAAGCUGGAAUUUGUCACAAGAUUUCUACCUGUGCUAUGAGAUCCAUUGCAAGCAUAGCACUUCAUGUUGCAAAUUCAAGAAUCACUUAUCAAUGACAGUCAGUUUUGUGUGAUCUGUCACGUGCUGUAAAACCAAAUGGGUUGUGAAAGCAUCAAUAACAAGCAGAAGCAGUAUGUGUUAGCAAAAAGAUGGCCAGUUGAUACAGGUGAGCUUAAAAAAUUCUCUGUUUUUUCCUACUUUAUGCAUAUUUUUGUAAAAACUCUGUAAACUAGUAGCUUUAGCCAAAGCUAUAGUUUUUCUUUCUACUUUUUCAGAGCAUGUUCUUACAUGUAUUGCAACUGAAAUAUAUUGUUUUAUUUUUGUUACAACUCUGGCAGAUGGAUAUAUAUGAAAAUGAGAGGUUUUACAUUCAUGCCUGAAACCUUGUUGAUAUAGUACUAGACUUGUGAUUAUUCAUCACCUCCUGUUCAGGUUUUGACAUAACAGAGCUCUUGCUAAGACCUAGUGUGUGCUAGGAGCAGUGCCGUUAGGUCACAGCAGGAGCAACAUCUGCAGGACUCAGUGAGCAGAACAAGAUAAUUCUGCAGCCAUUGCCACCUGUUGGCAUGGUAUCUGCUGCACCUCUCACCACUUGAAGGUUUAUCUUCGCAAAAUACUCGUCUGGCAGUUUCUUUGGAAUACGUUAACGCAUGGAAAUUGUAAAGAUCAAACUUUGAAGCUGGAAGUCACAGAUACAUGAGUUUAUCACAAAAGCUUUUGGUGCAGGCUGUUGAGGCUUUCAUGUUUCCUGGUGGGGUGCAAGGAACCACUGCACCAGUUAGUGAGUGAGGGAGCAGGCAGGAGCACUCUCACUCACCAGGCUAGGGAACUGUUUUGCUUGUAGGCAUGUGAGUUAGGAAUUAGAGAAUUUGUGAACUAGUGAAUUGAUGUGUUACAUUACCCUGUACAAAGUGGAUUGAGCUUUUGCUGGGUUUGUCUAUUUUUUUCUGAUCAGCUUAUAAAAGAUAUUUGGAGAGUUUGUUAUUCUGGAAAGCUGAGAGAAAAGCUUUGUUUGUUUAUGCUAAAGGAUAUUUUUAUGUGAUGGUGUUGUAACUUAGUUGUUAAUCGUCUCUGUUAGGGGAGGGGGGAGGGAUUGACGCUUUAACGUGACCUUGCCAUAGUGAAGGUGCUGCAUUAAGCACCCAGUACACUUUUUAUCACAAAGUAAAUGUAACUCAAAUUGUUUAUUGUUUGCAUCUGAAGUAUAUGCUGCACAUGGCUGUUCUGAAAUGUAAAGUGUGUUGCAUUGAGUUUGUUCCAAAAAAAAAAGUUGAAUAUAUUGAGAAAUGCUAAAUAGCAUUGUAAUUUGCUUAUGAAAAUUGAAUGUGUGAUAUUUAAAAGCUGCUGAAAUGGUUAGAGUUUGUGUAAUUAUUCUAACAGUUUGUAUAUAUUUAACUUUUUUUAGUGGACACUGUCAGAAUUUAUUUUUGUACAUAGACAUAUAUAUGUUCGUAAAAAGACUGCAAAUGUUUCUCUCAAAUUUUAGUGCAGUUUAACUUUUUUAUUUGGCUUUCACUUUAUGCAGAAGGUUUUGCCCCCAUCAUAGCCAGUAGUAAGGGAGCCAGAGGUUUGGGCUCUGUCUAAGGCAUGAAGGAGAGGAAGUUGAUAGCCUUCUAAAUAGAUGCAAAUUCUCGUGGAAAAAAAGGCCAACCUAUUACUAAAUUAAAAAAGCAUCUCUGUCUAAAAAUGAUAAAAGCAAGUAUCUUAUGUAAGGCUUUUUCCCUUUCAUAGAUGACUGCACUCCUGCCUUUACUGUGAAUAGGAUUUGUACUGAUUGUUGUUGCCUAGUUCUUCUUAGAAGUGCCUAUCUCCAAGCUGAAGCAAAACUCUGAGUGGGCAGGCCAUGGGCAGAGAUGCAGCACUUGAAAGACCUGUUAUCAGUCAGUUCACAGUCUCUUUUUUUAUUGAGAAAUCCAUGUACAUCAGUGUAUGACAUGAGGAGUGUUCAGUGGGUAGACAUGUCAUAAAACCAAGAAGUGUUUAUCUUCGCCUCAGCUGGCAGAGGAAGAAAUAAAAAAACAGCCUCUGAAGCAGGCUGAAGGUAUACAUAUCUCUAAAUCUUACACCAGUUAUCCAGAGGAUGCCAGGUUACCUGUUACCUGUCACAGGUUAACUGACAGUAAUCGAAUUCCUGCAAAUUAGUUGACAGUGGUGUAACAUCAGUAAUAAUAAUUCUUUUUAAACAAUGCUUUUGUGAAGACUGUGGGAGCCCUGGUGGUAACCCUGUGCGUUAAAGUAGUCACCAAGAAAUCCAAAGCCUGCCAAUAUGGAUGUCAAGUUGCUAAAGUUUUGCAGAUGUUCACAAGAUCACUUUGAAUUAGCAUUCUGUGUUAUACCACUAUCAGUUUGUUUAUUUGAUCCAAUAUUAGAAUCUCUGUAGCCAGAUUUUACUAUACUGUAAAGCCUGAGCUUUUACGAGAGGACUCACAGGCAACAUCAAUUCAAAAGGAAAGAAUAACCUCCAUCCUCCAUCAUUUGUGUUCAAAUCUGUGCUUAAUAUCUCUAUCAGCUAAGAUCCUAAAUAGCCAGAUCACUGUCCAAAUGCCCUAUUAAGCUACACUUAAGUCCACUGAAGUACGUAACCAAAACUUUGACUUUUUUACUUUACCAAAAUCUAGGGGAUAAUUUCCUAGCUCAGAAAUGAACUUUACAUGCACAUAACCCAAAGUGGAGUUUGUUAGUAAACUGCUGCUAUAAUCCAAAUGAAAGUAGUUUUUUGAGGGUCAUGAAAUAGUUUUUUGUAUUAUAAGAAAUUUCCUACUAGAUAACCAAUAUUUAAAUGAUCUUAAGUUAAAAGAAAGGUUUCUGAUUAUUUUUGUUAAGACUUACCAAAUUUUAAAUCAUAAGAAUUUGACAGUGGUCCUUUAACACUACUUGGAUUAAAUAUUUUAAAAAUACAUUUUAAGUUUAAAUACUGUGUCAUGUGAGCAUUUAGAACUGUGUUGAUUUCUUUGUAACAUCUAAAUAUAGGUUAAUGCAGUUUUCAGUAGGCUGGGGAGUUGACAUAAAAAUCAGAUGGGAAGUUUUGUUCUGUAAUCUGUCAAGGUUGUUAUGUUAAACAACAGUUUGCACAUAAUGAAUUUUUUUCAUGUACUAUCAUAAUAAAAUAUUAUAAUCCUA